UUAUUAAAUAAAAUAUGGUUCAGGUGUUUAGUUGCUAGUCAAAAUAAUAUACUUUCUUCUAUAAAUGCACAGUUCCAUUGGUUUUUAGCAACUUACAUUAAAGUACCCAUGAGAUACAAAACAUUCUGUUCACUUGCUUCAUUUCCUUGAAUAUUCAUUCCUCUUAUCUUAACUUUGUAGAAAUCAGUUUAGAUACUUUUUUUAGCUACUCUAAAAAUAUUUUCUACCUAAUGAACUUCUCACGCAACGCUUGUCGUAAUUGGGGAUUACGGCUCCCAAGGGAAAACCUCCACAGGUUGGGGUCACCCAAAGGAUAGUUGCCUGGUUAGUCUGCUCCGGCAACAUGAAGUCUUUGGUUGGGUUUCUGCUCCAAUUGUAUCUUCCUGGGAUUUACUCGCUGGCAGAAAUUGCCUGUCGCAUAGCCGUGGAGCAGAAUGUCCAGGUGACCUAUCUGUACCGCUGUGCCAGCUGCCCGGCAUCCUCUGAAGCGGAUUACUCUGCCUUGGAACGGGAGCUCUAUCGGUGUGUGGCCAGUCGACUGCCCGUAAUCACAAGAAACAUCGAGGCACAUGAGUUGGAACCAUUGCGACGAACGGACAGCCUGAGUAUCUUCCACAUUCCGGCUGCAGAGAAGGGGAAUGCCCUGGUUCGCCGCAUCCUGGACAUGUUGAAUCCUCGCCAGAGGCGCAAGCAUCUGCACAAGUAUCUGUUCAUUUGGCCAGCUGCUGGAAGGCAUCAGUUACUGCGACUAUUCCGUGGCUGUUGGGCCAAGAAACUGCUCUACGGAUUGGCCAUUACCGGCGGGGCAAAUGGCACCUUCGACUUUGAUCCCUUCGCAUGGGGUGGUCUCCAAGUGGUUCAGCGGUUGGAUGGGGAUGUGCCGUACCCGAGAAAGAUGAAGAACCUAAGGGGUUACCCGUUGCGCUUCUCCAUGUUCACGGAUCCCUUGAUGGCGGUGCCCAGGCAUCCCGUGGAGACUGCUGGCUACAUGUCAGUGGAUGGAGUGGCUGCCCGAGUGGUGGGCGAGAUGUUGAAUGCCAGCGUAACGUAUGUCCUCCCGGCUGACAACGAAUCCUACGGUCGCUGCCUGCCAAAUGGAAACUUCACCGGAGUGGUCACAGACAUAAUGGGUGGCCACACCCACUUUGCACCCAACUCCCGCUUCGUGCUCGACUGCAUUUGGCCAGCUGUGGAGGUGCUGUAUCCCUAUACCCGUCGCAACCUGUACUUGGUGGUGCCCGCCUCCGAAAUCCAGCCGGAGUACCUUAUCUUCGUGCGUGUCUUUCGCCGCACCGUGUGGUACCUACUGUUGGUCACCCUGUUGGUGGUAGUGCUGGUCUUCUGGUUGAUGCAGCGUCUUCAGCGGAGGAUUCCCCGUCGCGGUGUCACCCAGUUUCAGGCAACAUGGUAUGAGAUUCUCGAGAUGCUCGGCAAGACACAUGUGGGUGAACCGGUGUCCAGGCUGUCCUCAUUCAGCUCGAUGAGGACGUUCCUCAUGGGCUGGAUCCUCUUCAGUUACGUCCUGUCCACCAUCUACUUUGCCAAACUGGAGUCCGGCUUUGUGCGACCCAGCUACGAGGAGCAGGUGGACCGAGUGGACGAUUUGGCGCAUUUGGAUGUGCACAUUUACGCGGUCACCACAAUCUAUGAGGCAGUGAAGCACAGCCUGACGGAACACCAGUACAAUCGUUGGUUCGGCGCAGGGAUCGACGAGCGGCCUUUAUAAUGCGCGAUUUCCACGCCCGUGACUUCCUGGCCAUCACAUACGACU